UUGACGCACCAAGGUAGGAAAAAAAAAAAAAGCUAGAAGAAAGCGAACCAAACGAGCAAGAAAGAUGUCUGAAUCCAAGUACCGCGAGUGGAUCCUGGACACUAUCGACUCGCUGCGGUCGCGCAAAGCUCGGCCGGACUUGGAGAGGAUCUGCCGAAUGGUCCGGAGGCGACACGGGUCCGAGCCCGACCGAACCUGCGCAGAACUGGAAAAACUGAUUCAGGAACAGACCGUGCUAAAAGUUAAUUACAAGGGCUCCAUUUCGUACCGAAACGCCGCCAAGGUUCAGCGGAGAAGCAGAAAAAAGGACGAUGUAACGUUAACGACGGCUGCGCGAAGGAGCGCGGUGGAAGAAGCCAGUCAUUCUGACUUGAGCAACGGGGACAGCGCGUUCGGUCCCGCGGACCCGGACGAGGAGGACCUGGAGGCGGACACCUCAAUGGUCAUGGACACAGACAGUAAUGCAGAUGAGGAAGGGGCCGAUGAGAGCCGGGAUGGGCAGGACGGACCCUCGCCCAGUCGCACGUUUGAAGAAGCCGCCGUGCGAGCCGUCUCUGCUCCCUGCUCCCCCUUUGGCACUCGGAAUGGCCCCGGCCCGGGCCCCGACUGCGGCCCCGGUUCCGGUCUGGACUGUGCCUCGAUCCAGAAGGUUGGUGAGAGGCCCAGCUCCUUGCCGCCCUCCAGCCCCACAGCCCUCGCACACAAUGAAUGGCCCUAUCAUCCUGCCGUCUGCCCAGUGGAGCGCCAGCACCCAGGAAUGCAGAGAGACAAAGCAGUCACGAAGCCAGCGAUCCACUCGGCCACGACCAGCCCCUGCACGUUAAAGAACCGCGUGAAGAAGGAAGAUGAAGGCAAGAUGGUGGAUAGUGGCCUUUUGUCUGACCAGUUGGUACCGGACUAUGCUGCAGGGCUGGAAGAGAGCAAGCAUGCAUCUGAAGGGACAGCACAGGGACUGCCUCUGCCAUCUGACAACUGCACAUUAAUGAAGAACAACAUAGAUCUAUCCUCCUUCACAGCAGAGGAAGACGGUCUUCUGAACGGCGAUAAAGGGGAUGAAAUCUCUGUGAAGAUGGAGAAGAUGAGCCAUAACUUGAUGCUGUGGACUGUGGCAGAUGUGGCCAGUUACUUCUCAGCUGCGGGCUUCCCAGAGCAGGCGGUGGCGUUCCGAACACAGGAAAUUGAUGGGAAGUCCCUUCUCCUAAUGCAGCGCGGCGACGUGCUGACUGGUCUGUCCAUCCGACUCGGCCCUGCCCUCAAAAUCUAUGAGCGCCAUGUGAAGGUGCUUCAGAGGACCCACUUCCUGGAAUACGAAGACCUCUGAAGCGCCGAUUCACAGUGCAGACGGACGAUGCUGCAUUGACCCACACGUGCAUGCAGUGCCCUCUCCCAUCCACAUCCUGCCCGCCACCUCCAUAUACAGAGUAUGUAGAGGGUGAGCGGGGGUGGGGGAACGCUGCGAUGGAAUUAACUUUCACUGUGAGAAUGACCAGAAACUGAAAAAAAAGUCAUCCUACCUCUCAUCAUGGGCUUGGUUUUCACAUGUUUUCAUUUCAUCCAUGUGCCGUCGAGGGAGCAGACUGGAGCGUUCAGAGGAGGUGUUAACUGGAGGAGCGAUGACCUUUUUGCAAGAGUAAAAAUAUGGAUAAUUCAGCCAUUGAAGGGGACUGAGCCUUGCACCAGGCGGACCACGUAUGAGCUGAUCGACCCACAGAGACCGGCUGCACUGCGUAGUGCCGUGUGCAACGUGACGAGUCAGUGGUGGGUCCACGUUGGUUUGGCUGUGGCUCCGAAAUGUCUCUGAGUCCUCGCUCGCUCAAUCACGGUACCUUCUGUUAGUCCAGAACCUCUUUGUAAAUCACACAGACGACCGUAAAGCUUAUCUGUUGUUCGUUUCCUUUCUAUUCCGUUUGAUUCAAUGCCAUCAAAGUGCUGGGGAAGUCAGACGUUCUACAUAUCUGCAUCACAAGUCUGAUUCCUGACUUAUUAUGCCCCCAAUAGCUGCUGAUGUUUGAUUAUGUCUUCAGUGUCUCACAAAUAUGAUAUUCUACUACCUGCUGGUAAGGCAAUAGGUUUUCUUCUUGUAAUCGUAUUUAGAUCCGACUGUUGUCCAACUUCAUACAGUUGCAUUUCGGGCAACAAUUGCGAUAGAUGUGACGAGGAAACUGCAGCCUCAUGGAAUCUGCUUUCAUACAUAAGCAAAAUAAAGUAAUACACUUUGGGAAACGCCAUUGUAAUACUGAAUAUUUAGUUGUAAAUUGAAUACAGCUGCUCUGUCAUUUCACACAGCAGACAUCUUGAUCAAAUGCAAUAUUUUAUGUUAUCAUCCAUUUAUAAUUUGUCCACUGUCUUUUUUAAUGUAAGCCCGCCUCUUGAAUUGUAACAUUCCAUAUGAUGUCUACAUCUUCAAUGUAUCCCCCUUUUUAUCUGUAACAUUGACACAUACAAAAUAAAGCUCAUGUCUCUCCAUUCAGUCACUUAUUUUCUGUUUAUUUAACUUGUCGUGUUAAUAACUUGUCUAAAAACAAUUGUUUCAGUGGGUCAGAGUUGCCUUAAGAGGGAGUGAGGGUCCCUCUUCAGUGUUCAUCAAAUAUUGUAAACAAACUUUCGUUCGAUGCAAUGUUCUGUAAAAUGCACAUUCAGUGAAAAUGGAUUAGCAAAGAAUAAACUAUUUUGCAUGUG